AUGAACAGUGAACAUGACAAACUAAACUCGACGAUAACAAUAAUAGACACGGAUAAAGAAACAAACAUGGACCUGGACGAGGAGAUGACAAACCUGGAAAGGAAGGAUACUCUAAAUCAGGAGCAGAGUCAGGCGGGAUACUCUCCAGGAUACGCGCUUCAAGUAUACGGUACGGAGAUUCCACCGAAAGAGACAAGAACAAAGGAACAUAGAGAGGGUUCAAGUCAACCCUCCACUUCCUUUUUCAAGAAGCCAGGCCCGAGGUCAUACAAGGGAAGGAUGGAUCGGAUGAGCGUAGACUCGUCGGCCAUCGACACGGAAACAUACGAGAUUAGCUCCUCGGACAGCGAAGUGUCGGAUUACGUGAGGACAAGGGGAAGAAGGGUGACAAUAGAGGAAGACUCGGACGCUUCUCCCCCUGAGAAAAUCAAUAUUAGUAGUAAGGGUCCACAAAGAACAAUAGGCAACAGAAAGAGAGAAAGGAUAGCCUCGGACGCUGAAUCUGAUGGGAAGAGGAGCUACAGGACCACCGGAGACUAUGUCGGUAGAAAAGAGGCAAUUCUUCGAUACAAUAAGGCCAAGGAUGAGGCCUUACAGUUGGACAGAGAGAAAAUCAUCCGGGAAUACAGUGAGGCAGAACUGUUUAAAAAAGCAAAGGUAAACAUGGUAAAAGUAAAGGAACAAUUGGGGGAAAACUCAAUUGAAGAAUUAAUAUCUAAAGCUAGUGAAAACUGUACGGAAGUUCUAAGAAUUGCGAGAACAUCAAGCAAUCUAAAGGGAACGUUCCAAAAGAGUUUGAAAAUAGCAGCAGCCACAUCACUGGGGAUCGCAGAGAUACUAAAGGAUAAAGCAACAUUAUCGAAGGAAGAGGCAAAAGCACAAGAAAUAAAAUCUCUCAAUCGAGAGAUUUCCAGGAUGAAAGCAAGGAUGGAUGAAGAGAUUGAGAAAGAGAGAAGGAAGGCCAUGCAGGCAGUAGGAGAAGCUGAGGCCUACAGGUCCGAGCUACAGACCCUUAAGAAGGAGAGACAGGAGAAAAGAAGAGAUAUGACUCCUAGUCUUAAGGAUAAAGAAAAGGAAAAGGAGUAUAACAAAGGGAAGUCAACAUCUAGGUCCCCUUCGGAAAACGCGAAGAAAUCUAGCUCCAGAAGAACUCCAUCUGGAAAUAUAAAGGCCAGAGAAAAUCUGAUUACUUCCGAAUCAGAUCGCAUGGAGGUUGAUGAAAAAUCUCCAAAGACCAAGAAAGUCACUCUAGAAGACCCAAAGAUGUGGCCGGAAGUUAAGAGACCUACUCUAUGUGGUAAACGAAAGAUUAUAGAGGAAGACCCGACAUCACAAAGGGCAAUUUAUGAGGCCCAUAAAAAAUAUAUAUCAGAGUCACACAAAGGAAACGAAGAAAAAAGACAAUCACAUAAGGAAGGAAAAGAGGAAGGAUAUAAAAACCGAAAGAACAUCGCGAGCAUGGAUUCUACCGAGUUGGCCAUUAUGAUUAGGGAUAUAGUGGCAAAAGAACUUGAUAGAUACAAUAGUAAAAAACCGAGAAUCACAGGGAUUCAAACUUUCAAGGAACCCCUGAUUACGGUUAAUGAAGCAGGAAAGGUUGUAAGUAUCAACAAACAAGAAAGGGAAGAACAUAAAAGCAGCAAAAGCACCCCAAGGGAAACGCCGAGGAAAAACGCUGAAAAAGACAGAAAGAAAACUAUAACGACGGAAGAGGAAACUGAUAGGGAAAGUAAAGCUCAUGGAGUAAAGUGA